GUGCGAGUGUGGCCCAAACCGACAUCAAGCACCUGAAAAUCGAGCAAAAUGAGCUGCGGCACGAAGGCAUUGAAGGUGUCCUCCUUCGUUUUGGACUUUCUGUGCUGCGUUCUGGCGGCACUGACCAUCGCGGCUUGCUCCUAUGCCCUGAUCGCCUUUAGCCACAGCGUGGCCAUCCGGGUGCCCUCCAUCCUGGGCAUCGUCCUGGGCGGCCUGCUUUUCUUCAGCACGAUCUUCGGCUGCAUCGCCGCCCUGCGGGAGAGCAUUCGCAUGACCUGGAUCUAUGCCGCAAUCCUGCUGGCCCUGGUUUUCAGUCAGAUCACCGUGAUCUUCGCCCAACCCAUCAACUUUGAGCUGCUGGCCAACGAGACCAUAUACGACGCCUGGCAGGGACAACUUUACCACUCGGGCAGCAUGUCCUACUUUGAGAUUAAGUAUCACUGCUGCGGACAGACGGGGCCCGCGAACUAUCCGGACAGUGGCCUGGUGAUUCCGCAAAGCUGCUACUUCAACCAGAACGCCACGGUGACUGCGGAUCUCUAUACGGUUGGUUGUGACCAUCAGUUGGCAGCGGCCUUCGUCAAGGGAACUCGCUGGGAGAAGAUCACGGACUGGUCCGUUGUGGGUGUGGAGAUACUCACCGUCAUCAUCGCCGGACUCCUGGCUAUAACCUUACAGAAUGCCGAGCGCCGCCGUCUUUACCGAUAAGAGCUGGUCUUAAGUU